AUGACAACUUCUAACGCUAUCAAAAAAGUUCUAAUCAUUUUUGCUCAUCCAGACCGUAGAUCGUUGAAUGGAUCCCUAUUAGAUGCUACUGUUAAGAGAUUAGAAUCCCAAGGCCGUGAAGUCAAAGUCUCAGAUUUGUACGGAAUGAAUUGGAAAUCAGAAAUCACAGAAGAUGACUUCCCCGAGACUCAUGAAAAGGGAACAAGAUUAAAGGUCGUAAGCGAAUCCUUAAAUGCGUUCCAACAUCAUAAAUUGACACCAGAUGUCGUUGCUGAACAAGAAAAAUUGAAAUGGGCCGAUUUAGUCAUCUUCCAAUUCCCAUUAUGGUGGGGAACUGUUCCUGCUAUCUUGAAAGGUUGGGUGGAAAGAGUCUUUAGUGCUGGGUUAGCAUAUGCCCUACCUGAAAGGUACGGUAAUGGUACCUUUGCUGGUAAGAAAGGAAUGCUUAUGGUUACCGCUGGUGGUGAAAAGAUUCAUUUUUCUGCAACGGGUAUACUGGGUCCAAUUGAUGAUAUUUUAUUUCCUAUUCAACGUGGAAUGUUAUUUUACACUGGGAUGAGUGUUUUACCACCAUUCAUUACAUAUUCAGCUAACUAUAUACCUGAUGAAGAAUUCGGUCCUAUUUUAGAACGUUUGUAUGACCAUCUCCAAGCCCUUGAUUCGUUAAAACCAAUCCCAUUUAGAAAGCAAGCCGAGGAUUAUGAUCCAAAGACCAGACAAUUGAAGAAAGAGAUUGUGGAAGCAAGCAAUGAAAAGGGAUUCUCUUUACAUAUUCGUAAGGAUUAA